AUGAUGAAGAUGAACCGUGUGAUGUGUGUGUUGGCCGUUCUGCUGUGCAUCGCCUGCGGGUAUGCCAUGGCGGCGGCUGCUACAACUACUGCUGGACAGACAAAGGGGGUGAUGGCUUCUGGUGCUGAGGUUAAAGAAAAACAAGAAACGGAUGCAGGGCCAGAGACGGAAGUAGAUGGGGAUGGGGGAGAUGGCCAAGAGGACCCAAAGGAGGAGGGGGAUCACGUGAAUCCUGGCCCAACAGAGCCAGAGGAAGUGCCCCCAGAACAAGAUAACAAUACAGAUGAGGUCCCUGAUGAUGAUGAUGAAGAAGAAGAGGGCGCUGGAGAUGAGAAUGGGGAUGGUGUCAACGGAGGAAACCCAGAGGGGAAACCUGAUCAGGUUCCACCCGAGGGAAGUGAACCUCAACCGAAACCUCCUGCGCAAGGUGGCGAGGGUGAAGAUGGAAAAGAAGAAAACGACCCGCAACCUCCUGCAGGAGAAGAUAACAAAGAAACCCCUGCCCCCGAGAAACCUGAAACACAAGAACCCACUUNUGUGAUGUGUGUGUUGGCCGUUCUGCUGUGCAUCGCCUGCGGGUAUGCCAUGGCGGCUUCUGCUGCUGAGGUUAAAGACAAUAAGAGCAUUUCGGCCAGAGAUGCAACAGAGGGGGAUGGUGUAGGAGAUGAAGUGGCGGGUGGGGGAGAUGGCCAAGAACAGGGCCCAACAAAACCAGGAACAGGACCAGAUGCACCUCCUGACCAAGAACUCCCGGAUGGAGAAGAAGAGGAUGAUGAUGAUAACGAAGAGGAGCCAGAAUCACCUGACACCGAUGUGCAACCUCCUACAGAUGGCUCAGGAACCCCAAAACCACCAGAGAAUGAAGAUGGAGGUAACACUGAGAAUCCUGAGAACACCGACAAACCAUCAACACAAGAACCCACUUCCACUAAUGCACCAAGCAACGAGCAGAAGCCGGGCGAUGCUGACAGCAGUUUCAGCCCUGUGUGGAUGCGCACUGCCGCACCUCUGCUGAUUGUGGCUGCGUUGGUAUUGUAA